UCCAAUCUCAUGAAUUAUUAGAAUCACCGUGAAUAUUAAAAACGGAAUCGACUAUGAUAAUAUAACAUAGUAAAAAGCAAAUAUUUUUAACAAAACAACUCAACAUAUUGAACAAUUCAUUAAUUGAUAAUGUGUUUUUGUUAGAAGUUAAAUAAUGCCCGCUGCCGAUCUACUCUCGAGUCAAGGACUACGUCUUGACGGGCGGAGACCCAAUGAAUUACGUCGGAUAAGAUGUAAACUUGGUGUAUUCACCCAGCCUGAUGGAAGUGCGUAUCUCGAACAAGGAAACACGAAAGUGCUUGCAGCCGUGUAUGGACCCCAUCAGGCUUCAAAAUCGAAGAUGUCCACAGAAGCUGUAGUUGUCAACUGCCAAUACAGCAUGGCUACAUUCUCAACAGGUGAACGAAAGAACCGACCUCGCGGGGACCGCAAGUCACAAGAAAUGUCAAUGCAUCUCCGUCAAGCUCUAACUGCUGCUAUUAAAACUGAAAUGUAUCCAAGGUCGCAAAUAGAUAUUUACAUAGAAGUAUUACAGGCCGAUGGUGGUACGUAUUGUGCCAGCGUGAAUGCAGCCAGUCUAGCGCUGAUAGACGCUGGUAUACCUCUGAGAGCGUACGUGACCGCCUGCUCGGCGUCCCUGGGCCGACGAAGCGCCACCCACGAGCCCCUGGUAGACGUUAGUCACAUCGAGGAAGCAGCCGAUGGAGUAUGUUUGACCGUAGCCAGCUUACCGAGCACAGGUAGCAUAGCGCUAUUGGAGAUGUCAAAUCGUCUCCACAUGGACCAUUUCAACAUUGUAUUGACCAGAGCUAUGCAGGGCUGCAGAGAUAUAGAGGUGAUUCUAGACGGAGCUGUGAGACAACAUUUGGCAGAGGGAUGGACGAAACAAGAUGUAAUAACGAUAUGAAACAAAAUAUAUUACGAUUUAUAAUUAAUUUC